AUGUCGUUGGAGGAGUUUCUCGGCGACGAUAGUCUGGGAGAGUCAGUCUGGAACGAGGAGGACAUUAACCUGGAUGCUAUAACCAACACGACGAACAUUGAUCUGUUGAAGGGGAAGAGAGGAGUGGGAAGAGCGGAAGGGGAGUCACACCAUGGAGGCGGAUAUAUGGCGCAUGGGAGCGGGGAUCGCGGCGAAGGUGGCGGGUUUUCCAGCCGGGGUCCGCCAUAUAUUGUGAAAUUCUCGCUACUGCCUCCUCGGUUCUCGGACGCGGAUAUCGAGGAUCUGUUCCACGAGAAGUACACCAAGUUUGUGAAGUUUAAGCUGUUCUGGGAGCUCAACAGGAACCCCAGUAUCGCGACGUUGAAAGAAGGUGGUGUUUUUGAGCAGAAUUUCAAGCGGACCAGCAAGGUAGGGUUCGUGGAGCUUUACUCCGGGCGGGAUAUGGACAAAGUGCUCAAGUACUGGACCACGCCGCUCAUGAAGAUCCACAACAUCAAGCUGGAGCCGGCGCAGUUCGAAGAUUUCAAGGAGUACAGGCUGAAGGGGGAGCUGUUGAAGGAUCCGAGGGACAGUGCGUCCAGGCCGUACUUGGAACCCAGACGCAAGUCCAAUCCGUUCGGGUUGGCAAAGCCGGUGGAUACGCAGUCCAAGAUCCUCGAGAUAGAGGACAAGGUUGCCAAACUGCACAUAGAGGAUACUGCGACGCUGAGGAGACUCUCGGGCGGGGGAGAGCAGAGCAGUCUGCUGCAACCGGGAAAAGUUACGCUUUUGAAGAAGGCGCCCGAAGAACAGGAAAAGAAGAAGCCAUUGAGCUAUUUGGAAGUGGUCAAGAAAUCAGCAGAAGAGAGCAAGAAGCAGGGUUCCAGUGCUCACAGCACCGCAUCUCCCUCCCCGCUCCCAAACCGUGCUACGUUGGCCGCUGCAGAUAUGGACAACUCUGUUGCAGCAACGUUGGCGCAGGAUGAGCUUGAUAACAACAACUCAGGCGACGAAGAGUCGAGUAAAUUCACUUUUAAAAACUCGGAGAGAGCUGGCGACGCCGUUGAGCCCCAACGUGGCUCGUACCAGCGCUCACCACGAGGGGGCCGUGGAGGUCACUCUAGAGGUCAUGGCUACCGCGGCGGCCGCGGCGGCAGUCGCGGCGGUGGUCGAGGUGGGUCGCGCUAUCAGGCCAACCGUGAGUAUAACGAGAACGAAAACUAUCAGUCCCGCAAGCCUAAUCGCUCACAAAGCUCCAAUGAUUCAAGAAACAACCAGCCACAAGGUCAAGGAUCUGGUGGCGGCCAUCAGGAUGAAAAACGAUAUUCCAUGUUCAAACCUGCCAGUGGAUUCUUGCAUGAAAGCACGGGCGACAGUUCAAGUUACAAACACAACUACAGAGGUGGUUCUAACAAUCGUGGGCGACCAAGCCAGCGUGGACGCUUCACUCCUGCAUAA